AUGAAGAUCGGUGCCGAGGUAUUCAAUGUGGCUACUAUGCGCAUUGCAGCGACGGUCGAUGCCAGUGCGACGAGGGCUACAGCGGCGACCCCUACCGCAAAUGUCAGUCAAAGUGAGGAUGUGUGUAGUUUGCCCACGGAAGUGGGUCCCUGCCUUGCGGCUAUACAACGCUACGCCUAUAACCGCUCCAGCGGUCGCUGUGAGGUCUUCUACUACGGUGGAUGUCAGGGCAACGCGAACAACUUUGAUAACCUGGUGGAGUGUCAACAGCGUUGUGAAUCACUCAGUCAAAGAGAUCCUUGUGCGAAUGUUCGAUGUGAUCGCAACGCUUACUGUGUGAAUGGUUAUUGCUAUUGCAACCCGGGCUACGAGGGUGAUGGCAAUACCUAUUGUCGACCAGCUUCUUCGGGUGGUGACCUCUGUGAGAGCGUACGAUGUGGAGAAAAUGCCGAGUGUCUGGGAGGUCAGUGCAAAUGCAUGGAGGGCUACUACGGCGAUCCCUUCCACUCUUGUCAAUCCAUCGGUGGCGACAAGUCACCAUCUAACCCGAUUUGUCGUUUCCCAAUUGAUGCCGGGCAAUGUUACGAUCGAAUGGAAAAAUAUGGUUACGACUCACGAACAGGUCGCUGUGAGAAAUUUUUCUACACAGGGUGCCUGGGCAACGAAAAUCGCUUUGACACCUUUGAAGAGUGCGAAAGGGAAUGUGGUGCAGCACAAACUAGGGUUCCAUUCUCUAAUCAGGUGCCUGAUAAGUGUUUCUUGCCUCUGAUAACUGGGACCUGUGGGAAUGCCCAGACCCGAUUUGGCUUCUAUCCUCCCACUCAGCGCUGUGAGGAGUACAGUUACAGUGGCUGUGGGGGAAACGAGAACAACUUUGAGACAAGACUGGACUGUGAAACCGUCUGCAACGCGCUUAAGCGCUCGGGAAUCUGUUACCUACCCCUUCGCACCGGUCCCUGCCACAACCGGAGCACGCGAUACGGAUACUUUCCCCCACUGAAGAGGUGUGUUCGAUACACCUACGGUGGUUGUCGAGGCACUCAAAACAACUUUCUCACCGAGGCGGAAUGCGAGCAACUGUGCAAAGAUCCAUGCGACGGCGUGCGCUGUGGCUAUAACGCAAGGUGCGUAGAAGGUCAGUGCGUGUGCGAGCCUGGGUUUGGAGGCGAUCCCAACUACGAGUGCAAAGCAGAGAAAAUGGAUAAGUGUUUUGGUGUACGAUGCAGCGUUAACGCGCGCUGUCAAGAUGGCUAUUGUGUUUGUGAGGCUGGUCAUAGAGGCGAUCCUUACCGGGAAUGCCGACCCGCUGAUGCUUGCCGUGGUGUCCGUUGCGGCUACUACGCCAGGUGUGUUGAGGGCAGGUGCGAGUGCGAGCCCGGUUAUACGGGAGACGCGUACAGUGAAUGCAGGCCCGAGGCUAAACUGGACCUCUGUGAGGUACUGGGUUGCGAUGAAAAUGCUGUAUGUCUUAAUGGUGAAUGUAAAUGCCGUCAGGGUUUCACAGGCAACCCCUACGAGGGCUGCGUGGCAAUACAAUAUCUAAAACCAGCUACAGGAACGCUUCCUGAUCCAUGCCAUAGAGUCGCCUGCGGUAAAGGAGCUUUCUGUGAUCUCGGUACUUGCCGCUGUCCAGAGGGUUUUCAAGGCAAUCCCUACAUUAAAUGCCAGUUUGUUAGUAUAUUUCUGGGUAAGCUGCAUGCACCUGAAGUGCCUGCGCCGAGAGCCAGCCCUCCAGUUGAGGAGAGUUGUAGGGGUCACCGCUGUGGCCCGAAUGCAUACUGUCGUGACGAGGUGUGCCACUGUGAAACGGGCUAUCAGGGCAAUCCCUACACUGGGUGCGUUCAAAUCAGUGAUCGCUGCGAUGGUGUUCAGUGCGCCUCGAAUGCUUAUUGUGCAAACGGAUAUUGUCGUUGCAAUCCCGGCUACGCUGGCGAUGGCUUUAUCGAAUGCCAUUACCAAGGUUCAUGCGCUAACGUCCAAUGCGGAGUCAAUGCCCACUGUGUGGACGGACGUUGUGUAUGCUGGCCGGGUUACACGGGUGAUCCCGAUAGUAGAUGCGACCCCGCUGCUGCUCAUAAACCCGAGCGCUGCGGCAACACCUACUGCCAUGAGAGGGCGCGCUGUCACAGUGACACGUGCUACUGCGAGUAUGGUUACGCGGGCGACGGUGUAUCGGUGUGCGAAAAGGUUGAGGAGGAUCUCUGCAAACGAGUCCAUUGCGCGGAGAAUGCAGAAUGCGAGGCCGGUCUCUGCCAGUGUAAACCAGGCUUCAAGGGUGAUGGCUUCUCCGAAUGCAACCCCGUAGAGGUUGAUCCGUCCUCCUGCAAUGGCCGAUACUGCGGAGCCAAUGCGGAGUGCCGCGACAAUGUGUGUGUGUGCGUGUCAGGCCACACCGGUGACCCCUACGACAUUUGUACCCGCGAACGACCCCUUUCCGAUUCUUGCCACGGCAUUGAAUGCGGCUCCAAUGCAUACUGUCAGAAUGGUGGCUGUGUUUGCUAUGAAGGAUUUGAAGGUGACCCCAGCCUCGCAUGCAAACCGAUUUACGAUCCUUCCUGUAUGGGUAUUCGUUGUGGUGCCAACGCCUACUGCAGAGGAGGAAGGUGCAUUUGCCCUCAGGGUUACAUGGGUGAUGCAAACCAAGUCUGCUAUCCUGUUUGGGGAUCUUCUACUGUUGAUGUCUGUAACAACCUUGCGUGUCACCCGAACGCAUCUUGCUCCGAGGGCCAGUGUCACUGCAACUACGGCUUCGAGGGAGACGGCUUCAUUGACUGCUGGUCUAAGGAUCCUGCGAACCUGUGCGACUGCAGAGGCGUACCAGCCUCUAUGGCGGGAUGCUCAAACGGCAAGUGUCGUUGUAUGCCGGGUUUCAGGAUGACCCGCGACAACUACUGCGAGGAGUGCCGUGGAAAUGGUGGGUGCGCAGCCAAUGCGCAGUGCAUCUAUGACAGGCAGAUCCAACACUACCGGUGUGCAUGCGAUCCCGACUACUUGGGCGAUGGUGCUAUCGCCUGCAUUCCAGGAGUGGUGGCUAACCGUACUGAGGCGGCACAGUGUCGUGCGCCCUGCCACCGCUUCGCCACUUGUGACGAAUACGACGGGCGUUGCAAGUGCCGACCCGGUUUCAUUGGCAACGGCUACACCUACUGCAAUUUCGACUGUAACCAGUGCCUUAGUGAGGCACAAUGUGUGCCCGAGUCCAGCCAGUGCGUCUGCCCGCCCGGGUAUAUCGGCGACGGUGUUCGCGUAUGUCGUCCGGCCACCAGCCAAGGUCUGUUCACACUGCGAAUUGUGAAGGAGAGCGAAACGAUUCGCGUGCGCGAGGACUCGGGAGCGCUCACCCUCCGUUGUGUGCUCUCGGGUGACGUGCGUAACGUGCAGGCACGUUGGUUGACACCCGGUGACGUUGGUCGCACCGACGAGCAGUACACACACGAAGGUCGGGAGCUCUGGCUCACUAUCAGCCAGCCCAGCCCUAAGGAUUCUGGCCUCUAUGUUUGUCAGGCCUCACGCGUUUCAGACACCAUCAAUGUUGUUGUCGAGCCACAACAAAAGAUUCAAACCAAGCAGCUUUUCCUUACGAGUGAUAACGGAAUUCUCACGGUUCAGACCCAAAGCGAAUCAACGACAGCGGCCCAGAUCUGGCACAUUGCUGAGAAUAACAAGCACAGACCCGUGGCACUGGCGCUGGACUGUAAGACGGAUCGGUUGGUCUACACCAGCGACGCCGGACGCGCGCUGCGUUUCGGCAACGCCAGUGCGGCGCGUCUUAACCAGCCACCAGAGCUCAUCUUCCAAGACAACUCCGCCAAGUUCACCUGGAUCGCUGUCGAUCCAGCAUCAGGCAACAUCUUCGCCAUCGACGAAGAUAACAGUCGGAUUGUCGUGGUGAACUCCGAUCGGCCUAACCAGGUACACACCUACAAGAAACUCACAGAUCGCAGGUCUGACAGAGACUUCGUUGCUGGCGGAAUUGCUGUUCACCCCGGACUCUCACUGGUGUACUGGGCUCAAGUGGCGAACAGCGAUUCCGAGAAGAGGGAAAGCGUCAUCAAGGUCGCCUCGAUGGCUGACCCCGAGAGGGUGAGUGAAAUAACUCGCGUGACCGGGGCGCUGAUAUCACUGAGCCUUGCGGUGACUGAUGACGUCACGGGUGGUGGAAACACCGCGGGUCGCCUUUGUUGGCUCCAGCGCCGCCAGUUGAUGCCCUACUCGCGCACUGAAAUCCACUGUGCCCAGCUAGAGACCUCUGGCAGGACUAUUCACUCAAAACGACUUCAUAAGAGCUUCGACACUAAUGAGGAACCCUCUUGCGGUCUUAUUCAAGAUGACGAUACAAUCCUCUGGACUAGCCUCUAUCGAAAAAUCUACCGAUCCCUCAAUCCAUCCACGUCGAUUUACGUAAAGGGCGUUUGCUGCUCCAACGGCUUCCAGUCAAUGGCCAUCCACAACAUCUGCAAGCGUUCAAUGACAAAUGCCUGCAGCUAUGAGAAUGGCCGGUGCCGUUACUUCUGCCUCCCAGGAGGGCGUGAGAUGGCACACAUCUGCAGGUGCCCCGACGAUCAGCCAAACUGCAUUGCGGAACACGCCAAAUCGCGCUUUUUGGGCUACGCAUAUUCCUGA